GCAGCAGUGUUAAUUGCAAACUGAAACUGGCAGUUGAGGAAGUUGUGUAUAAGUAGCUUGUAUACAUCUUCAAAAUAGCUUUAUUUAUUGCUUUAGUGAAAGGAAAAAAGCCUGUUUUUCAAAUAAUUAAGCGUUUUACGCAUAGAAUCAAUUACUGUUUAGACACAAUAAUAAGUUUACUAAGAUCAGUUCUUGAUUUCUUUCAUGCAAGAGUGUUAAAUAAGGCUCAUCAUGGCAACUGACACAAUGAGACUUCCAUCUAACAUUCCAUCAGAAUAUGUCCAUGCCGUGGAAGAAACUGUUCAUGCUAUGGAAGACCAUAUAGAAGCUCGUGGUGAUGGGUUUAAGUGGAGUCUUGAUGACUUUGAUGUUGGAGCUCCAUUGGGCAGAGGCAAGUUUGGACGAGUUUAUCUAGCAAGAGAAAAGACAACAAAUUAUAUGGUAGCCUUAAAGACUUUAUUCAAGACUGAAUUGAUGAAAUCUCGCGUAGAAAAGCAAGCUUUGAGAGAAAUAGAAAUUCAGUCUCACUUGAGACAUCCUAAUAUACUGCAAUUGUUGACUUAUUUUCAUGACGAAAAAAGAAUAUACUUGGUUCUGGAGUUUGCAGCCAGGGGUGAGCUGUACAAAGAAUUAAAGCGACAACCUAAAGAAAGGUUCAGCGAGCCCUUGUCUGCUAAAUACACAUACCAAGUUGCAGAUGCACUAGAAUUUUGUCACAGAAACAAUGUAAUCCAUCGCGAUAUCAAGCCUGAAAAUCUUUUAUUGACACAUGAUGGAAAUAUCAAAUUAGCUGAUUUUGGCUGGUCUGUUCAUGCUCCUUCAACAAAGCGUAAUACAAUGUGUGGCACAUUAGAUUAUCUCCCUCCAGAAAUGGUAAAUGGUCAAAAGUAUGACAUAUAUGUAGAUCACUGGUGUUUAGGAAUUUUAUGUUAUGAAUUUCUGGUUGGACGUCCUCCUUUCCUCAGUGACACAUCUGAUGAAACUUAUCAGAAAAUUAAAAAGGUUGAUAUACCUUGGCCACCACAAAUUACACCUGGAGCCAAAGAUCUCAUAUCCAAGUUAAUAAAGCGAGAAAGCAAGGACAGAAUAUCGUUGCCAAAUGUCAAAAGACACUAUUGGAUUGUUGAAAAUAAAGACAAAGCAAACUGAAUAUUAGUUAUAAUAUAUUAUAGUAAGCUUAAAUUAUUUUAACCCUGCGAAAUCAACUUUUAUACUUUUUAUACAUACAAAUGUGCAUGCAAUGAAAUCGAUUUUUUAUAUUCUUAUAUUGUGCAUAGUUCUAACAUUUUUAUGACAGUACAUUUGAUAGAAAUGAACGUGUUACUUAGUUCAUAAAAAAUAAAAACCAUUCGUUACAA